UGCAAAGAACAGCUACAUAUACUCUUCAGUGAAGAGUCUUCACCAAUCAAAGGCAUUCACGAAAAAUCACGAAUCACUGUGAUUGGAAACGAACCUGAUCGAAGUAACAGAGUUCUAGCCAUCACUACAACAAUUACUUGCGUGAUUUUUAUUUGGCCUAACUACAAUUUAAAUAUAUAUCGUAACUCAAUGUGUUAAACAAUUACCUAAAAGCAACUAAAUUAUAUCCGCAUACAACAUUUAAUCCGUGACAAAUAAUUAACAUUAAUUACCAAUAACAACAACGUCAAAGAGGAAAUAAAAAUUGUAAUAUUCAAUUUCUAUGCACCUACUGAUUAUACGUGGCUUCGAAUUAAUAGUAAAUUUAUAGUAGAGUUCGCCAAAUUAUUUUGAACAAUCGCAUAUUGUUCAAAGAAGGGUUGGGGGUCCAUGAACACCAACAUACAAUUAAUUUAAAAAAUAUCUAAUUCACCGGAUGCGUACAAUUCACGAAGAAUGGUUUUAACACGCAUAGCUAGAUUUCGAAUUCCUUACGUAUCAGUACAGCCGUUAUUGUAUCGCAGAAAUUAAAUCGGUAAAACAUACAUUACUAUUCAUACACACUGAUGUACACAUUACAUACGUUUUAUAUGUACAAGAUAUAACCUAACAACAUGUUGACCCAAUCGAAAUAACAUCUUCGAGCUGCUUUAUAUGUAUAUGCAAAUAUCAUAUUAAAAAAAAUACAAAAACUGAAAUUUUUGUUGAUGGAAGGUUUUUCUGUAUAUCUAAAUGAAAUAUAAAUCGUCAAAUAUGGCAGAGAAUACGGCAUCACAAAAUUUGCUAUUUAAAUGACCCUGAUGAUUUACCAGGUUUAGCACAUUUUUGUGAACAUAUGCUAUUCUUAGGAACCGAAAAAUAUCCAGAAAAAAAUGAAUAUAAAAGAUAUUUAUCACAACAUGGUGGUUCAUACAAUGCAGCAACGAACAUGGAUCACACAAAUUAUUACUUCAGCAUACAUUCAGAAAACUUAGAAGGGGCAUUAGAUCGUUUUGCCCAUUUUUUUAUAGCACCACUUUUUACAGAAGCUUUAACUGACUUAGAAUUAAAUGCUGUUCAUUUGGAACAUGAAGCCAAUCUCGCAAAUGAUACAUGGCGUGCUAUUCAGUUGGAAAAAUCAUCUGCAAAUCCAAGUCAUCCUUUCACAAAAUUUGGUACUGGAAAUAAACAAACACUGGAGAUCAUACCAAAGCAAAAGAACAUAAAUAUAAGAGAAAAAUUACUUGAAUUUCAUGAAACUUAUUAUUCAGCUAAUGCAAUGGCAUUAUGUGUACUUGGGAAAGAAAGUUUAGAUGAACUUGAAGAAAUGGUAAUAAAAUUAUUUUCGCAAGUAAAAAAUAAGGACAUUGAAAUACCUGUUUGGUUGGAUCAUCCUUUUACUGAAGAGGACUUCCAACACAAAUGGUACAUUGUUCCAAUAAGGAACACAAGACGUUUAAAUAUUACAUUUCCUUUGCCUGAUUUACGAGCACAUUACAAAUCUAUGCCAGCACAUUAUCUAGGAUAUUUAUUAGGACAUGAAGGAAAAGGGUCUUUACUAUCUGCAUUGAAAGCAAAAGGAUGGUGUAAUUCUGUUAUAUCAGGCAAACGACAAAGUGCCAGAGGUUUUAACUUCUUUAACGUUAUUGCUGAUUUAACAGAGGAAGGUAUACAGCAUGUUGAUGAUAUCAUUCUAUUGACUUUCCAAUACAUUAAUAUGUUAAAAAAACAUGGACCCGUUGAAUGGAUAUACAAUGAAUAUAAAGACAUUGCUGAAAUGAAUUUUCGAUUCAUGGAAAAAAUGCCACCAAAACAAUAUGUUAUUCACUUGGUAUCCCGUGUACAAGAUUUUCCAAUGGAAGAAAUUUUGGUUGUGGGUAACAUUAUCAUGACAUGGGAUCCUGACUUAAUUGAAUCAAUUACGAAAUAUUUAGUGCCUGAGAAAGUAAGAAUUCAUGUUAUUGGUCAAUUAUAUGAAAGUAUAUGUAAUGAAACUGAAAAAUGGUAUGGUACUAAAUUUAAAAAAGAAAAAAUACCGAAACACACAAUUGAUCAAUGGAAUAAUGCUGGUUACAAUCCAGAUCUCCAGUUGCCACCAAAAAAUGAAUUUAUACCAAAACGAUUUGAUACAAAACCAACAGAGAAUGUGACCAAGUUUCCAGUAAUUAUUGAAGAUACUCCAUUCAUGAGACUAUGGUUUAAACAAGAUGAUGAAUUUCUUGUACCUAAGGCCAAUUUGUGGAUAGAUUUUGUCAGUCCAUUGACAUAUAUAGAUCCUCUUAGCAAUGCCUUAACUGUCAUGUUUAUGCUACUACUUCGUGAUGCUUCGAAUGAAUAUACAUAUGCUGCUGACUUGGCAUGUCUCAAAUUUGACACUAUUAUUUCCAAAUAUGGAAUAACAAUAACAAUUGCUGGAUAUGAUGAUAAACAGCUUGUGUUUCUAGAAGAAAUUCUGGAUAAGAUGAUCAAUCUUAAGGUUGAUCCAAAGAGAUUUGAACCUUUAAAAGAAAAUUAUGUCAGAAGUCUAAAAAACUCUUAUGCUGAUCCACCAUAUGCUCGUGCAUGUUAUUAUCUUACUGUUUUGUUAUCAGAACAGGUUUGGAUGAAGGACGAAUUAUUAAAAGCAACUUCAUAUUUAACAGUGGAAAGGAUGCAAGAAUUUAUUCCACAAUUUUUAAGUAAAGUACAUGUGGAAUGUUUAAUUCAUGGCAAUGUUACAAAAUCAGAGGCUCUUGAGACAGCUAAGUUAAUAGAAUCAAAAUUAGCAAAUUCAGUUCCUCAGAGAAUACCACUCUUGUCCAGGCAUAUGAUUUUGAAUCGUGAAAUUAGAUUGGAAGAUGGUUGCAAUUUCUUGUUUGAAAUAGAAAAUACAUUUCAUAAAAGUUCGUGUGUACACGUUUAUUAUCAAACUGGAUUACAAUCAACAGAAUCAAAUAUGUUACUUGAGCUCUUGGCACAAAUUAUCUCAGAACCAUGUUUUACCACGUUAAGAACUAAGGAGCAAUUGGGGUACAUUCUAUUUAGUAAUGUGCGAAGGACAGACAGUGUACAAGGUUUAAUGAUAUUAGUUCAAAGUGACAAGCAUCCAAAGUAUGUUGAACAAAGAAUUGAUGCAUUUUUACACUCUAUGCUGGAAACCAUAACAAAUAUGUCAGAUGAAGAAUUUAACAGACACAAAGAGUCAUUGGCAGUAAAACGUCUAGAAAAGCCAAAAUUACUGAAUACUUUAACUAAUAUCUUUUACAAUGAAAUUUCAUCACAACAGUAUCAUUUUGACCGAGUGAAUAUUGAGGUUGCAUAUUUGAAAACAAUAGAAAAGGCAGAUAUACUAAAAUUCUACAAGAACAUGCUCCAACGUAAUAUGCAGCAUAAAUUGUCGGUACACAUAGUUUCAACUAUAGGAGAUCAAGAUACAACAGAAAAGGACGCAAGCAAAAGUACCGAUUUGGAUAAUUCAAUAGUAGAAUCUUUCGAUUACAAGAAGAUAGAUGACAUUAUGGGAUUUAGAAUUAGUCAGUCAUUGCAUCCAUUACUGAAGCCCUUUAGCAAUAUACCUAGAAAGGGCGCACACUCAUCCAAAUUGUAACGAUUUUAAGAGAUCGUAAUUGCAUAUUAGAAAUUUUAGUAUAAAAAAAUACGGAGCAAUGUCCUUAUCAUUGAUUUGGGGUAAGUGCUGUGCGGUCUUAUACAGUCCACUUAUCAGAAAACACCCUUAUGUACCCCACUCUGUGGCCCAUUAUUAACUUUUAUUUUUGUGUUAACUGUCUACAAUCAUGUCUGAAGGCUGAAUAACAUCUAAACUUUCUUCUUCGAUUCUGCUACACUAUGUUGACACUAACAUGCACACUAAUUUAUUGAUGUACCUAUAAAUUGUAGUAUACAACAAUCAAGUAACAUUUAAAAUCGCAUAAUCAUGAGUAUUGUUAAGAAAAAUAGGUGUUCUGAGAAUUGUCAGUUAUCUCUCUUCUUGAGUGUAGCUGAUAUGAUAAUGAAAAGCGCGAAUUUAAACAAAAUAGAGAAAAACCGUUCGAACUGUUUUAAGAAAAGAUGGGAAUAGCUCCACAAAUAUUAGACGCGUACUAAAUUACAUUGUGUGUAAAAGAAAUUGUAGAAAGAUUUUAAGAAAAAUUCCUGCUUCGAAUUGUUAUCAUAAUCGUAUAAGUUUAACAUUCACAUUAUUUUGCUACCAGUCUGUGGUAUUAUGGGGCCUUAACUUUGUGUUUCACUAAUGAUGUUCACCGGAAGAGAGCGGUUUUUAGAAUAACAACAGUUUCAACAAUCGCAAUUGUCAUAACAAAUAACUCAGAAUACGGAAAUAUUAGAAUGUUCGCGAGGUACGAACUAUCCAGUCCAGCCAAACUUUCACGAGGAGAGCGGGGCAAGUUGCGAUCGAUCGCAAUUGUUGCCAAUUUAUUUUUCUCCUUUGUACGAGCGUGGUUUUGAAAAUUUGUAUGAGAAAAUGUCAUACGAAUAAAUACAAAAGAGAAAUCUUUUAAAGAUUCUCCGCUGGUCAUUAAACCGCUGCCAUCCUCCUCAUCGAAUAGGUUGAGAAUUUUCAAUAAGUAUAUAAUUAAAAAAUUCAUUUGAAUCAUUA